AGCUAAUCACACACGCAUCCAAUCCCUCUUCCAGGCCAGCUACCGCUUCUCCUCCUCGGCGGCAGGGAGUUCCGGAGCUAGGCUGGGUGCGUUUCCUUGGUUGUCUGGCUGACUUCUUGGGGACGAGCUAGAACCGGUGGCUAGACAUGCCUAGCCGGGUGGGCGCUGACGACGCCGACGCCGGGGGCAGCGGUGGAGUGGGGGAGAUUGUGGAGGCCAGCGGCGGCGUGCCUCCGGGAAAUCGUUCCGCGGCGCGGAAGACCGCGCGUUUCGCCGAGCCCGUAUCCGCGCCGUGCGCGGACGACGACGGCUAUGGCGAUGCCGUGGAGGUCACCAUCGACAUACAGGACUACACAGCGACGGUGCGCAGCAUGGAGCCGAUAGCGGGCGGCAAGUCCUCGCACGGCCGUAGCGUGAUCCAGAACGCCAAGACGCGGAUCAAGCAGGUGGCGGAGGAGCUCCAGCGGUUCAAGUCCUUGAGCCGCCGGGGAUGGAAUCGCGGCCCGAGCAGCAUCGACAGGUCCGUCCCCGCGCGCGCUCUCGAGGGCCUCAAGUUCAUCAGCAAGAAGACUGACGGCUCCGACGGGUGGAAGUGGACCGACGUCGAGAAGUGCUUCAGGGAAGAAACCAAAGAUGGCCUCCUCCACCGCUCCAAGUUCGCCAUGUGCAUCGGUAUGAAAGAGCGCGCCGGUGAUGUCGCGUUCGCCGGAGCGCUGUUCGACGCGCUGUCAAGGCGGCGGAACAUCUCCGGAGACACCAUCAACAUGGAGGAGCUGCGCGUGUUCUGGAAGGACAUUUCUGACACCAGCUUCGACAGCCGCCUGGGGAUCUUCUUCGACAUGGUGGACAAAGAUGCGAACGGGGUGCUCGACGAGAAGGAGGUCAAAGAUAUCAUCACGUUAAGCGCGUCAGCUAACAACCUAAAGAUGGUCGCACAGAAGUCAGAGGAGUAUACACGGCUCAUCAUGGAGGAGUUGGACCCCAAAAACCGUCGCUACAUCGAGGUGGCCCAGCUCGAGGCGCUGCUGACACGGCCGUCGAACGAGUGGAUGCAGAUGGGGAGAAUGACCAUAAGUCCUAAGCUGAGCAAGCUGCUGAGCGAGCGUCAGACGGAUCCCAACCCGCUCCGGCGAUGGUACAGCCGUGCCAGAUACUUCAUAAAGGAUAAUUGGCGCCGCUGCUGGGUGAUGCUCUUGUGGCUCUCCAUCUGUGUGGGUCUCUUUGCUUGGAAGUUCGAGCAGUACCGUCACCGCGCCGUGUUCAAGGUGAUGGGCUACUGCGUUUGCGUGGCCAAGGGCGGCGCCGAGACGCUCAAGUUCAACAUGGCGCUCACUCUCCUUCCUGUGUGCCGUAACACCAUCACGUGGCUCCGGAGCCGCACCACAGUGGGACAGUUUGUGCCAUUCAACGACAACCUCAACUUUCACAAGGUCAUCGCCGUGGGGAUCUCCAUCGGCGCCGGGCUUCACAUCAUCUCUCACCUGGCGUGCGAUUUCCCGAGGCUUCUUCACGCCACCGUCGACGAAUAUGAACCCAUGAAGCCAUUCUUCGGCGACGUGAAGCCACCCAACUACUGGUGGUUCGUGAAGGGCACGGAGGGAUGGACGGGGCUAGUGAUGCUGCUGCUCAUGGCUAUCGCCUUCACCUUCGCCCCGGGGCGGCUCCGCAAGGGCACGCUCCGCCUUCCCAAGCCCAAGGAGCUGGAGAGCCUCCCCAAGCCGUUCAACCGCUGCAGUGGGUUCGUCAACACCUCGCGCAGCCGCUUCACUGGUUUCGUCAACGCCUCGCUCAAACGCUUCACUGGAUACAACGCCUUCUGGUACACACACCAUCUCUUCCUCAUCGUCUACGCGUUGUUCAUCGUCCACGGACACUUUCUCUACCUCACCAAAAGAUGGCAGAAAAAGUCGACGUGGAUGUACUUGGUGGUUCCAAUGAUGGUGUACGCGUGCGAGCGGCUAACCCGGACGCUGCGGUCGAGCGUGCGGUCGGUGAGGAAAAUCAAGGUGACCGUGCACCCCCACCCCGCGACCUCGCUGUCGCUGCACUUGUCCAAGCCGCAGGGUUUCAGCUACAAGAGCGGGCAGUACAUCUACGUCAAAUGCCCCGCCGUUUCGCCAUUCCAGUGGCACCCGUUCUCCAUCACAUCAGCGCCAGACGACGACUACAUCAGCGUACACAUCAAGGUGCUCGGCGACUGGACUGGCAAGCUCUGGGACACCUUCUUAAGGGUUGACCCGACGCCUGAGGUGGAUAAGUCCAACAAGAUCAUUCAAGUGGAGUACGACCACCACGACAUCAUCUUCAGCCCGAGGUACCCGAAGGUGCUGAUCGACGGGCCGUACGGCGCGCCGGCGCAGGACUACAAGCAAUACAAUAUCCUGCUACUGGUGGGACUCGGCAUCGGUGCAACGCCCAUGAUCUCGAUCAUCAAGGACAUCAUCAGCCACACGAAACGGGUCGGCAACCGUCGCGAGCUCCCAACGCGCCACGCCCGCUUCUACUGGGUCACCCGGGAGCAAGGCUCCUUGGAGUGGUUCCGUGGGGUGAUGGACGAGGUGGCCGAGGCCGACGAGAGGCACAUCAUCGAGCUCCACAACCACUGCACUAGCGUCUACGAGAAGGGCGACGCCCGGUCGGCGCUCAUCACUAUGCUCCAGUCCCUCCACUACGCCAAGAACGGCGUCGACGUCCUCUCCGGCGGCCGCGUAAUGACCCACUUCGGCCGACCAAACUGGAACGAAGUUUACAAGAGCUUCACCGUCAACUACCCGAAUGAACGUGUCGGAGUGUUCUACUGCGGCGAGCCGGCGAUGACAAAGAAGUUGCGCAAGCUCUCAAAGGAAUUCUCAAGAAAUUCCAGCACAAAGUUCGAAUUCCACAGCGAGAACUUCUAAUUUUGCAAGCCAUUCAGCCCCAAAGAACUCUUUCUUCUUGUGGAAACUAUACUAACUUAGUAUACAUGCCAAGUACUACGAUCCAUAUGAAAAGCAGACAGUUCGGUUGGGCAAGAGUUUUCAUUAAUUUUUUGCUAAGAAUAAUGUAAUGCUCCCAUGGUAUACUAUUAUCUUCCCAUAUACUCCUUUGAGAGCUAGUUGCAUGGAGUAGAACGUGUAUGUACGGGCACUAGUUCGCUCUCAUGCAACUAUGGUGUUUAUAUUGGUUAAUCU